GUUAAAAUUUUGACAUACAGUUCUAAACAUUGUUUACAUGCAAUUUUACUAAAAAUCAAAACAUUGCGAGAAAUUUUAAAUUAAUUCGACUUAAGUUUUAGCUGGAAAGCUUAAAAUCCUCGAAAUAUGUCUAUAGAAAUAGAGUCGGCGGACGUUAUUCGUUUAAUACAGCAGUAUUUAAAGGAAUCCAAUUUAUACAGAACUCUACACACCUUGCAGGAAGAAACGGGGGUAACUUUGAAUACAGUUGAUAGUGUGGAUGGGUUUUGUUCCGAUAUAAACAAUGGGCAUUGGGAUACUGUUUUAAAAGCAAUACAGUCUUUGAAACUCCCCGAUAAGAAAUUAAUUGACUUGUAUGAACAGAUCGUUUUGGAACUGAUAGAACUCAGAGAGUUGGGCGCGGCCAGAUCUUUGCUGAGGCAGACGGACCCGAUGAUCAUGCUGAAACAAAACGAACCCGAACGCUACAUACAUCUGGAAAAUUUGCUGGCGAGGUCGUACUUCGAUCCGAGGGAGGCCUACCCGGACGGCAGCAGCAAGGAGAAGCGCAGAGCGGCCAUCGCGCACGCCCUGUCCGGCGAAGUGUCCGUGGUGCCGUCCUCGCGACUGCUUGCGCUGCUGGGGCAGUCGCUCAAGUGGCAGCAGCACCAGGGACUGCUGCCGCCAGGCACCACGAUCGACUUGUUCAGGGGCAAGGCGGCGGUGCGCGAGCAGGAGGACGAGCAGUUCCCCACGCAGAUGGCCAAGCAGAUCAAGUUCGGGCAGAAGUCGCACGUGGAGUGCGCGCGGUUCUCCCCCGACGGGCAGUACCUGGUCACGGGCAGCGUGGACGGUAUCGUGGAAGUGUGGAACUUCACCACGGGCAAGAUUAGGAAGGACUUGCGGUACCAGGCGCAGGACAGUUUCAUGCUGAUGGAGCAUGCCGUUCUGUGCAUGGCUUUCUCGAGGGACAGCGAGAUGUUGGUUACUGCUUCGCAGGCUGGACGAAUCAAGGUUUGGCGCAUAAGUUCCGGGCAAUGCUUGAGAAAAAUUGAAAAGGCUCAUACAAAAGGCAUAACCUGUCUGCAAUUCUCUCGGGACAAUAGCCAAGUAUUAAGUGCUUCAUUUGACCAUUCAAUAAGAAUUCACGGCCUAAAAUCCGGCAAAACGUUGAAGGAAUUUCGGGGACACACCUCCUUUGUGAAUGAGGUUAUAUUCACCCAGGAUGGCCACAAUAUUUUGAGUGCUUCCUCUGAUGGUACAGUCAAAGUAUGGAGCAUAAAAACCACGGAAUGCAUCAACACUUUUAAGAACUUAAGCACAGGGGAUAUCGCGGUCAAUAACAUACACAAUUUUGCCAAAAAUCCUGAACAUUUCGUCGUUUGCAACAGAAGCAAUACUGUGGUUUUGGCCAACAUACAAGGACAGGUUGUCAGAUCGUUUGCGAGUGGUAAAAGAGAGGGGGGUGACUUUGUGUGUUCAACUGUUUCGCCCAGAGGGGACUGGAUUUAUUGCGUUGGUGAAGAUUACGUACUUUACUGUUUUUCAACAAAUUCAGGAAAACUGGAGAGAACGUUAAAUGUUCACGAAAAAGACGUCAUUGGUAUAGCUCAUCAUCCACAUCAAAAUUUAAUAUGCACAUACAGUGAAGAUGGUUUAGUUAGACUUUGGAAACCUUAGGUUUAUUUGGUGUGAAUAUAUGAAUUAAGUAUACAACCGACAAUUUGAGGCCAUUUAUAUUUUUAAAACGGUUUUCUUAUGAAGAUGUUUUUUUUAAUGUCAAUAAAACAAUACAA